AUGACGAAGAGGCACGGUCCUGCCGCCCGAGUUCACCGCGUUCACCCCCUUCUUCUCCUCCUCGUGGCCGUCUUGCUGCUCGCUGCCACGGCUGAUGGCAUCAGACCGGGCCCCGAUGAUGCUGAUGCGAAACCGGCAGUGCAGCGUGCACGGCCGGGGCAGGCGCCUGGUGCGGCGACGGCGACGGAGGAGAAGGGGUUCCUGCAGGAGGAGGUGUACGGGACGGGGUCGAGCCUGCCGGACUGCACGCACGCGUGCGGCGCCUGCAAGCCGUGCAACCGCGUCAUGGUCAGCUUCAAGUGCUCCAUCGCCGAGCCCUGCCCCAUGGUCUACCGCUGCAUGUGCAAGGGCAAGUGCUACCCCGUCCCCUCAAGCUAG